AUGAAGACAGGUUUUAUAGACAGCUCUUGUAAGAUGCCAAGUGAUAACAAAGAAGUUAUACUUUGGAGGAUGGUCGACGCAACUGUAAGAACUUGGAUUAUGAAUACUAUUGAUAAGAAGAACAAGGUUCGUUUUCAGAGCACUCUUACUUCACAACAAUUAUGGGACGAAAUCAAAGCACGCUAUGAAGGAAACAAUGGGUCAACACAGUAUCAAUUGAGGAAGAAUAUCUACACAAUUCAACAAGGUGAUUUAGACCUAGAAGAGUAUUAUUCGAGAACAAUGCUUUAUUGGGAUGAACUUCUUCAUUUACAACCACACAUAAACUACACUUGUUAUAAAAUUAAUAUAGACACAUGCGUUGGAUGUAAACUUGAGAAACAAGUGAUAAUGGAUUAUGAAAAUAUCAAUUUAUACUUGUUCUUAUUAGGCCUUGAUGACUCUUUUGAGAACAUCAAGGAUUCUAUACUCAUGAUGGAUCCUCUACCAAAUGUAUACAAAGCCUUCACCAUGUUACUCAAUGUUGAGAAGAAAAGUCAGAUUAAUAUUCAAAACCAUCAGCAUCAUUCGACUAUAUUCAUCAAUUCAAAUGGAGGACUUAUGAAGAAGACAAGAGGACCUGAUGAUGGAAGACAAAAUAAUAAGAACACAGUGUGUAAUCAUUGUAGGAUGAGAGGGCAUAUCAAGGAACAAUGUUUCAGAAUUCUUGGCUACCCUGAAUGGUGGGAAAAUCCAAAGAAAAGAAAUGCAGUAUAUGCAACAAACACACCAUUCUCUGAUGAUGAAGAUCCACCCGCUGAAAUCUCUCAAUGA